UUUCUUCCUCCUCUUCUUCCUCUUCGUCUUUCUCUUUCUUACCCCACAGGGUGCUGAGCCCCAAGACCCACUGAGUGUGGAAGUUGAAGGUAGGAACAAGCAGAGAUGUGGGGCUCUCUUCUCAGCUUAGCCACUAACCUAUUGGGCGACCUUGGAUGGUUUAUCUCUCUCUGGGCUUCGUUUCUUCCUCUAAAAUGAGAUCGGAGAUCAGACAAGAUGACCUGCAGAAGGACCUUUCCAACUCUAGAUUCAGCGUCUUAUUGGGGAGGAACCAAAGUGUCUCCUGGGCUAAGGAGGGGAAGGAUGCAGUGCUGCCAUGCCUGAUUGGCCCCAGGGAUGGACCUUUUGAGCCCAUCAGCUGGUCUGGAGGAGGGCAGCUGUCCCUUUUGCAGCAACUAACCCUGAAAGGCCCAGGGUUGGGGGCCCAAGUGAGGCCCUCGAACAUCUCCCUCUUCAUCUAUAACGUCUCAGCCGAGUCUGGGGGCUUCUACCUCUGUGAAUGGGGAACACUCAAAAAGCAACAAUCGAAGGCGGGGGCUGCUAUCAGUGUCAAGGGCAGUGGUGAACUGUUCCAGUGGAAUGCUACAGGCCCAGAGGGCUGUGGGGUCAGCUUUCCAAGAUUCAGGUUCCACACUUAUCCCUUCACUCAACUAUACGUAUGGGCUAAGGACAAACCUGAGCUGUGGGAUCCCUUCAUUCCAUGUGUUGAACAGAACCAAACAGAGGAAUUGGAGCUGACUCUGGCGCCGGGAUCUCCCCUCUGGCUGUCCUGUGAACAGUCUCCAUCUUCCCUGACCUGGGGCUCCACAUCAUGGGUUCACUGGCGCCCUGGGAAAAAUACUUCACUCCUGAGCCUGGAACUGGGAAAGGGCCUCCUAGCCCGAGAGUUCUGGGUUAUGGGCACUCAAGGAGAAGGUGCCCUUCUAAUUCUGCCCCAGGCUGUUCCCCAGGAUGCUGGUACCUACCUCUGUAAAAGUGGCAACCUCACCAUCAGCAUCGAGCUGAAAGUCAUCUCACAGUCAGUAUGGCGUUGGCUUUUGGGGACUGGAGCCUGGAAGAUUCCAGUUGUUACUCUGACCUAUGUGUCCUUCUGUCUGGGUACCCUGGUUGGGUUCCUCCAAGUUAAGAAAGCCCUGCUCUUACGGAGAAAAAAGAAGCGGAUGACUGAUCGCACCAGGAGGUUCUUCAGAGUGAUGUCUCCAGGGAAUGAGGCCCAGAGUCAGUAUGGGAACGUGUUACCCAUGUCUGGGGUGCCAAACCCUGGAAAUGUUCGGACCAUGAAAUGGACCCCUGGCUUUGGAGAAGCCACUCCAUCCUUUGGGAACCCAUACCGAAGGAACCAGGAAACAGGAAUCCCCGGGCUCAGGAGUCCAGGACAGGAGGAUCCAGAAGAGGAGGAAGGGGAAGGUUAUGAGGAGCCAGAUGGUGAAGAGGCUUCUGGGGCCUAUGAAAAUAGCCAGGACCAGAUCUCCCAAGAUGAUUGGGGCUAUGAGAAUGAAGAGAAAAGAACCAUGGCUGCUGAAGAAAUAGAGGAUGAUUCUUUCUCCACUGCUGAGUCUUAUGAGAAUGAGAACAAGGAAAUGGUCCCACCUAUCUACACAACAACAGGCUUCCUGCUCCCCAAAGGGCCUGUUUGGGACGCCUGCCGAGAGGUUUCUUCACUUGGGUCUCAGUCUUAUGAGGAUAUGAGAGGAAUCCUAUAUGCUGCCCCUCAAAUCCGGAACCUUCAUCCCCAGCCUGGUCCAAGCCAGGAGGAAGAUGGUGACUCCUAUGAGAAUAUGGAAAAUCCAGAAGAGGCUGAUCCAGAUUGGGAGGCAGGGGGUUGGGCCCCAACCUGGAACAACAGGUCAUAGAGACAACCCCAAUUUAGCGUUCUUUUGAUGCUUAAUCUCUCUAUCU